AUGAAAUUAAAUUGUGGUGUGACAAUUGUUAAUCGCUUUGCAACCAAUAUUGGUAUAAAAUGUGAUCAAAAAUUUAAAAAUGCCGUUCUAGCCGUAAUGAAACCUCCAAAAAAUGAAGUAAUUUAUUUGUUGCUUAUAACCUCAAAGAAUAAAACUGGCACAAAAUACAAAAUUCGUGGUAACAUUGAAAAAACUUUUACACAAUUUAAGCAUCAAGGCAAAAGUACGAUUAGAUUUUUGGAGCCGCCACAUGAUAUACAAAUAAAUGCAGACAAAAUUCAAUUAGCAAAUUUUUUAUUAUUUUUAAAAAAAGUUUGGAAUAAUGAAGUUGAAGAUGUGCCACAUACUACAAAGCUUCCAACAUUAAAAAAUGUUAAUUCAAAUAAAUUGGAGAUUAGUAAAAAAUCUCAAUAUCCUACACUUCAAGGAUUUCCAAGCAAUUUGCAGACACUAAUAAUCAAUAAUUGUCAUUUAAAAAAACUAGAUAGUAGAAUUAUGAAAUUAAAAAAUUUAACUACAUUAUCUUUGGACAAUAAUAACCUGACCGAUAUCCCUUAUGAAUUGAAAAGAAUGUCUUUAAAGUAUUUGUCGUUAUCCAAUAAUAAAUUGGGAAAUAAUCACCAGUGCUGGAAAUUUUUAUCAUGGCCCUUAACAGAAUAUUUGGAAUAUAUAAAUUUGUCUGGAAAUGAAAUGAAAUAUUUUCCAGCUAGCCUUUCCAGAUUUCAUAAGUUAAAAGUAUUGAAAUUGAGCAACAUAUCAGCUAAUAGAAUUCCAUUUCGAAUAUUUUUAUUACCAAAUCUUCAAGAGCUUGAUCUCAGUAGAAAUUCUUUGUUAGCAUUACCGGGAACGAUAACAAAAAGACUAAAAAAAUUUGAUAAGCUCGAUAUAUCAGAAAAUGAAUUUUCUCAAAGCAAUAUUGGGACAUCAAUCGACAUGAACAAAAUGCCAAAAGAUUAUGUUCCAACCUUAUUAGAAUUUUCCAUGAGAAACACGUUGAAAAAUAAAUUACUUUAUAAUGAAUCGACUUUACCCCCUCGACUGAUUCCUUUAUUAGAUCAUGCUAAGCUGUGUAUUUGUGAAAGGAUUUGCAUUAAGGAUUUUGGAUUUAUAUACACAACCGCUGAUCCGAAAUCAUUAGCGAAUACAAUAAUUACAUCAAAUCGAAUUAACACGAUAUCGAUAGCUUUCACUUCGUGUUGUCCGCAACAUUUGGAUUAUUCCAAUAUUCAAUCAUAA